CGUACGUGCAGAAGGCGGGAGAGACCGCCAUUAAUCCUUGAAAAUAAGACUGCGCGGAAGGUCGGAACUCGGAAGUACGAUCUAGGUCUCCGGUCUGCCUAUAGUAGCGCCGGCAACCUGACUGCUCCGGCGAGCUCGAAGCUGUCACUCUUCUGGAUUCUGAAUCUGCUCUUUCCUCUUAUCUCCGAUUGUAAGUUUCUUUCUCCCCUCUCUCUCUCCUCACGAUUCUAAAGCUUUGAUUAGCCGCGUAGAAAUUACCGCGGGAAACAGAAGCCAACUCGCUUAACGAUGAAUUCAUCAUCUUCUACCUAGGGUUUUCGUUCCCCUUCAGUUAACGCAGUGAUUCUCGCUUCGUAAUUCUCGAACGCAGCAGUGCUGUGUGCCGCAGUUAUGGAUGGCGUAUUCCCCUCUGCCGCCGCCGAUGCCGCUCCGCUGUCUGCUCAGACGCCGGCGAGAUGGCAGACGAUGGGGAAUGAGGAGAAGAAGGCGGUGGUUCACGAAGAGGUGAGGAGGAUGAAUAAACUUCCUGCUAACAGCAGUUACGCCACCCAUCGUUUGCGAGUGCUCAACAAGAUUUUGCAGCUUCUAUCUGCACAGAGGACUAUCUCACAGGAUGAGGAACUGGAAUUGCUCUUUGCUGGCCUGCGUCUGUAAAAUCUAGACUCCUUUCUUCAUGAUUGGAAAUGGGGUAAGUUUUGUUCCGAACUUGUGUGUUCCAGCAGUUCUUUAAUCAUGGUGUGAUGUAGUUUAUGUGAAUUAUGAGAACUCAGAACGAGGGUCAGCUUCUAAGUUUUCCAAGUGAAGUUGUGUCUUUUCCUAUCUUGCUGAACUAGGAAUUGGGUAGCUAGUUAAUGAGCGAAUAAUUGCAGAAAGCUCGGUGAUCACAUUCGACGUGAAUAUAGUCAUCUCGAUAUAGUCGAGCAAACCAGUAUACAUGUGGAGCUAUGAAUGUCCUAGUUGAUAGUUGUUCAGUUCCAUCCCAUCCCUCUAUUCCAGUCUAUGCUAUUGAUGCUGAGAUUUUUCUAUGUUCUUUAUGUGUGUAUGUAUUACUGAACCGAGCUUCAAGUUUUCUACUGUUCUUGAAUCUUGGAUGGCUCCAACAUUGGCUGUCUGUGAUCCAUUAUUAACCAUCUUGAGUUCAUCUGCAAUGACAGGUUACAUGAUGCUGUUAGCAUGUUACAAAGUGUCUGACGCUGGGCCUUCAUUCCUCCAUGUUCAUAUGCGUUGUAUGAUGCUGUUACCAAUUGUUUCUAUGCAGCUGUGCAUACGGUUCCUUUGUUCCAUGCUUCUGUAUAAUUUGUAAGGUUGAUCUAAGAUAUAAACUAGUGGGACAUCCCCGUUGUUUUGGUCGCAUCAAGAGGAUAAUUUGCAUAAGGGAUCUCAUACGCUGAACUUUUCAGAUUUAAGUUGAGAUUAUAGAUAAGGGAAUCAGCAAAGAGAAUGAAUGAGAAAAAAAAUU